UGACCUGAAGAUGACAAUUCAUGCUUCAUCCACACAUAACCAGGCAGAUUUAUACAGUGAGAUGUCACCAAAUUCGUGGAUCUGGAGAGACUGGAAACAAUUCUUCAAGCCUGUAUUUAGAGCGGUUCCUGGUAUUGGGAAAUACCAUCACUUUCACUUUGCUUCCACCACUUCAGGAAUGGUUACUGUUAAAAAAAGUGUUGACGGGAAGACAACGCCAGUGAGGCUUGUGAAGAGGGGAAAGAUUAUUCCACAGGGUUUGCCAGUGAGACUGGAGGCAAAGGGUUUUUCCGCAGAACGUGCAUGGUACCUGUACAAAAAUAUCAGGCCUUUUGUAAAGGAUCCGUCUAAGGACCUUCUAUGUCCCCUGCCCACUGUCCCAGAGCCCACCUCUAGACCCACCCACACAGAAGAGUGAACUGAAAGUUUAGAUCAAAAUUGUUAUUGAUGAAAACUUAAAUACUGUACACAUGCUUUUAUUUUAUAUUAUGAAAUGAGCAUUGCUUGUUA